UAAUAAAACCCUUAACUGGGUUAACGAGUUUUUUUGACGCUAUCGCCUGCUAUUUCAUCGUCCCUGCAAUUCGGGGCAGUUCCAAUUCUUCGAGAGUCAGUAGACGCGAAUCAUUGUCGGAGCUAAGGUCUAUAUGGCGGUGUCGGUUGCGUCGGCGACUUUCCAUUCCCUCAAUGCAGAACGUUCCACUGGUUUAGCUGCUGCUGCUGCUGCUCCUGCUCCAUCGUCUUCUUCGUCAUCUUCGAUGCUGUCUUCUUUAACUUCUCUGCAAUUUCCUCAGCAGCUUCGGCGAAUUCGCAUUGGGAACAAGGGAAUUUCCUAUCCAUCGCGGCCUCGAAUACUUUCUCCGGUUCAAGCAAAGAAGCAUACAUUUUCUUCAUUUGAUGAUUUGCUGGCAAAUUCUGACAAACCAGUGCUGGUUGAUUUCUACGCAACAUGGUGCGGACCAUGUCAAUUUAUGGUUCCAAUUCUUAAUGAAGUCAGUGCCUCAUUGAAAGAUGAGAUCCAGGUGGUGAAAAUAGACACUGAGAAGUAUCCUAGCAUUGCUGAUAAAUACAGUAUACAAGCAUUGCCUACUUUUAUCAUAUUCAAGGAUGGACAGCCCUAUGAUCGCUUUGAAGGGGCUUUGACAGCCCAGCAGCUUAUUCAACGCAUUGAAAACUCACUUAAAGUUGGGCAGUAGUUGAUGUGAGGCUUCUUUUUCCCUCCUUCCACGUUGCCCUUCCAUAAUUACCAUGCGUACAUGCUCCAUAAGAUCCUUGAGAAAUCUUUCCUGUUUUUAUUUUCUUUGUAAAUCAGAAGGUCAAGCUAGAGUGGGAAUUGGGAUUGAUGUAACCAAGCAAUUCAUUGUGAUGCUUAUAUUGACUCAAGAGGAAUGCGUAUGAAGACUGCCCCGAGCUGCAGCCUGCAAGCAAAUCCUCCGAAGUGCGCUUUUGAGUAAUUAAUAUUGUAUUUCCAAAAGCAUGACAAAAUUGGUUUAUGUUGGUCUCUAGAGGUUUUGCGUAUCAUGCCAUGACAACCAAAAUUUGCUUAGGAAUUUUUUAAAUUCGGCUAUUUACAUGUACAAUGUAUUUCCUAUGAAAAUUUGAAGUGAAAAUUUGUUCACAA